AUGUCUGAACCUCAGAAGCCUAGACGCUCCCUUGCUGAAGAAAACCUUGAGUCUGACAAUAACAUACAGAAUGCCCCAGGUGGGCAGAAGGGCAAAAAGGAGGAUGGUUCCUCAUCCACUUCUACCUGCUCUUCCUCAUCCCACUCUCUUUCUUUUCCUUCCUCCUCAGUCUGUACAAUGGUAUCUAGUGUCUCAGUGGAGAGAAUUCGUGCUACUCGCCCAUCAAAUCAGAGCCCUCCCAGUGGUGGAUUCUCCUCCAGUUUCAUAGACCCCAUGCCAUGCAACCAGUCUGUUCAGGGCUCCCCUGAGCAAAAUGAGAUGCAACCGAUCUACUCACAGGCACUUAGGGCUGUUGCUCCCUGUCUCUGUGUUCAGAUUGAUGCAAAAGUAAAUGAGUUAGUGUGGUUCCUGCUGAAAAAGUAUAGAAUGAGGGAGCUGACCACCACUGAUGAAAUGCUGUACAGGGUCAUUAAACAUUACCAGAAGUACUACCUUCUCAUAUUCUAUACCGCAUGUCAGUACUUGCUGUUGAUCUUUGGCACUGAGGUGAAAGAAGUGGACCCCUCCAUCCACUCAUAUUGCCUGGUCCCUGCACUGGGUCUCACAUAUGAUGGAAUGUUAAGUGAUAUCCAGGGCAUACCUAAGACAGGGCUCCUGUUAUCUAUUCUAAGCCUAAUCUACAAGAAGAACAGACGUGUCAGUGUGGAGGUGAUGUGGAAUGUGCUGAAUUCUGUAGGUCUGUUUGAUAACUAUCGUUUUAUAUAUGCACAUGCUUGGAAACUCAUCACUGAAGAUUUUGUGCAGGAAGGGUACCUCAUCUACUCUCAAGUACCUCACAGUGAUCCUGCUCACUAUGAGUUUAUGUGGGGCCCAAGGGCCCAUGCUGAAAUCCACCCCAUUAUAUUCAUGAAAUUUGUAAUCUAUGUAAACUUGGCUAAACAAAAAUUCUGUCCAUGUAGUACUCUCAAUCUGUGA